ACGCUUGACGGUUCAUGCGUGGUAGGCAUGGUAACAGCUGUGGUGUACGGAAGAGGAGUUCCCAGAUUUAACCGGUUUCACAUCUUUCGUUGGAUCAACCCAUUAUGAUGCACAUGCUUGGAGAUCGCACAUGCAUGGAAAGCCUGAGAAAGGACAUUACCGACCUACAGGGCACUGUAAUAGAUGUGUUCUCAAGAGUUGGAGCUGUACGAUACCCCUCGUGGAAAUUUCCAGAUACAUUGUCCUGCGAUCUGGACCUGGCGCAGCUUCUGGAGAAAUACGACCACAUAGAUGAUGAACCAGAGUUCACGCAGCUAUCACAUGUCGUUCUACUUGAGCUUGUCAUUGACAGAUUAUUGCUCCUUCUUCAAAGUUUCACUGUAUAUACAGAGGUAAUAAGCAGUGAUGGAGGCCUUCCGCCUGCCCGCGAUCUGGGAUCCUCUAUGUCCAUUGGCCUGGCUGUGCGCAAGUACUGGAGCAGCGUGCUGAAACUGGGGAGCGGUUACCAACAAUUAAAGUCUGUUGAUAAGAAUGUCAUUCAAGCAAAAGAAAAAGAGACAACAAAAGAAGCUUCCCAAUAUCCGCCUUCAUCUAGACUACAGUCUACCCCCAUGAGUUCCCAGCGCAGAAAUGUGAUCCCCUCGCUGACAGAAUCCCAAACCUGUGUUGCUUGGGACACCCGUACAAUAGGAUGCCAAACAUUGGAAUCAUCCCUUGUGCCAUGUGAUGCAUGUGACAUAGCUCAAAGUAGUCUACGAGAAGUCAGUGAAGCCAUCAUUAGUGUUUGCCUUGAUCAGAACUUGCCCUGUUCACUCACCAAGAUCCAAGAAAUUCUUCAUCCAGGCCGAAACCUUUCACCAACCGAGAUGCGUUACUGGGCUAGCGAAGAGAGCAAAGACCUGGCACGUAUUAACAAGCACUUGUCUGAGCUCAUGAAGAUGAUCAUUCCACUGAAGAAUCAAGUGGAAGCUGCCCGAGUGGAGAAUGACAGACUUCAACAGAACAUAGAGAGUGGAAAAAAGGCCAUGCAGGCUCACAAAGAGGAGCUGCAGAUGCAGGCAAAGGAGAGUGAGAGGAGGCUACAUGAAAAAGCCCAGCAGAGUCAGAAAGUUCUGAACAAAAUGGAGAAAGACAAAGAAGAAUUGAGGAGAGGGACAGCAGUCCUUGAAGAACGAGUUUCCAUCUUAAAGGAGGAGCUGAAAUCCCAGCACAGCGUCAUCAGAGAUCUGGAGCUGGCAAAAAAUCAACUUGUGCAUGAGAUGCAGAGCAUGGUGGAUAAGGAAAAGGUGACGGAGCUAGAACAGACCAUGAACAAUCUGAAACUACAUCUGGAUACCACAAUGCAGCAUUUAAAAGAGUCAGAGGAGGCCGUGUCCAAAGAGAGAGCAUGUGUAGAAAGCCUUCAAAGCCACAAAGAGUCCCUGCAGGUGAAGCAGAAAUCCCUAUUGCAGCAGCUGGACAGAUUAGCCCAGGAGUGUGAAAACCUGCAUGGAAGCUUGGAGGACGCUGAGGAAGAGAGAACAAAGUUGGAAGAACAGAUGGAGAAACUGGAUAGGGAGAAAGAGAAUCUCAUGAGUCAGAUAGAGGAGAAACAGGAGGCGGUGAAACAGCUGCAGAAAGACAAGCAAAGUCUAGAGGAGGCAGUUUCUGGCAUGGAAAAACAACUGAGUAGGCUGCAAGGAUCUCUCAAAGAAGAAAGAGAAAAAAAUAAACUGCUGGUGUCUUACCCAGAUUUGCAUAUCCCUCCGGAGUUUGAAAGCACUGGAGACGUAGCAGAAGAUAUGGAGAAACAGCUUCAAGCCAACAAUAUCCGCAUCAGCAUCUUAGAGGAAGAAAAUCUUAAACUGAGAGCCAAUCUGUCUAAACUCAAAGAGAAACACCAACUAGGGCAGCUAAAGCUGGUUCCCCAAACUCAGCUCUGGAAUAACCCACAUGCCACAGAGCCAACAAGUCUAGAUCUGCAGCGCCCACAAAGCAGCACCAUGUCUACCACACCACAAAUACGUUCCGUGGCUGUAUGCAGAGACACGACCCAUUCUCCGGCGAUCCUCCAGCGCGAGAGGAAGGGGUCCUCUGGGAGUACACGCCAGGCUCUGAGCUUUGUGACAUUCCCAUCGGAGAGCUCAUCCAUCGCAGCUUACGCACGUGUUAAACAAGUGAAGGGAAAAACUCGAACUCCCGUUGGGUCGGAUCGCAAAUAAACAUAGAGCAUGAAACGGAAUUUAGAAAUAGGCCAAUAGAAAUUUUAUGAGAUUGUUAACAAUGAGUCCUAAUGAACGCUGUUAUUUGUUUUGCUACAUAGUUCACGUAGGGCAAUAAAAGUAAAGGUCAAAACGUA